AUGGCUUCCUUUGGUGCCAGUGGCGAGGGUUCAUCCCCUGCGCCUGCGCCUGCCAUCGAUCCUCGACAUGACCCCUUCGUGUCGGUCGCGUCUCCCCCUAGUGGCUCCAGCCAUCACCGAUUCUCUAAUUUUGACGCACAAGUCUUUGCACUCGGUCCUCAAUCUUCCCCGGGGCAGGCAAAACGAGCCUUGGAAGCCCAUCUCGCCGAAACCGACCGAAGGAUGGAAGAAGCUGGAAAAUUAGGAACUGCAUUGCUUCAGCAACGCAAAGAGUUAACUGAUCGAUUGAGAGAAGUGGAAAAAUCACAGACUGAAGGAGAAUUAUCAGAUGAUUUGCGGUUAAGACUAGUUGAGAUUGAGAAGGAUUAUAAUGAUGUCGCUAGAGAAAGUGCACGGGCAUUUUUACCAAAGCAGAGAGUUCCCAGCAAUGAGGUAGCUGGAUCUCCCUUCGUACCUGAAGGCAAAAGCGGCAGGCGUUCCGUAAGCCCAUCGAAGUUCGAAGCUCAGGCGACUGGGUCUCCAACCAAGUUUAGCGUCCCUAACCGAAAACUCCGAAAUCAACCGGCGAACCGAAUACACGAUAUCGAAUUCGCUGCUGAGAUCAGUACCUCGUUAAUUGCCCAGGAGGAGGAGUUGAAGGAGAUCAAAAACGAGAAGGCGAAACUCGAAUAUGAAGCCGAAGGUUUUCAACAACGAGUGAAGACCCUGGACGAAAGCGAGCAUCGUUACAAGGAUGAGAACUGGAGUCUCGAGACUCAGGUCCAUGACCUUUUGGCCCGAGAAAGAGAGGCUCAAGAUCGCGAGAAGAAAUUGAACCAAGCUCUUAACCUACUGCAGGCCGAGAAAACCUCGACGCAAAGGGAGUUGGACGAGGUUAAGUUAAGCCACUCCAAGCUGAGUGAAGAUUUCGCGGCGGCUAUGAAGCAUCACGAUAUUGAACUUGGCACGGCGAAGCGCAAUAUCUUUCAGGCCGAUACCGAGCGUACAUCCAUGCGUCGGAAGAUUGAAGACUUAACUGGGCAGAACCAAGAGCUCGCCAAAGCUGUCUCGGCGUCGCAGAGAGCACGGAUAAUAGAACGCGAAUCAAUCUUGGGCAUGAGUGAUGAGGAUUUCGAGACAGCCCAUGACAAGACAACACCAGAACACUCGCCUCCUCCUUCGCCAGUGAAGGGGACUCCGCGACAUUCUAUGCUUGAAUCGGAAACGCUUAAGACCUCCUUGGGACAUGCUCAACGUACAAUUCAAGGAUUGAGGAAUAACGUUCACCGUGAAAAGACGGAGAAACUCGAACUAAAACGUAUGCUCCAGGAGGCUCGUGAUGAAUUAGAGAAGAUGCGCAGCGAUCCUCUGGCGGCAAACAAACGUUCCCGUAAACCCGAUCCCAAGGAACUUAAGAAGCCCUCGCGAUUGCUUGGUGGCUUGCGGACUGUUCGAAGUGAGGUCUUUUCAGAGGAUUCAAACUGGGAAGACCAGCCAGAUUCUACGAGCCCAACUCGUUCUUCAUUAGCCUCACGAGGAUCUAGCAAGUUCGAGUCCGUUGCUGAAGAACCUAUCGACCGCUUCGACACCGCCAACGAGACAAGUGAUGCCGCAUUCGAAACAGCGAACGAGCCCGUUACUGAGACGGAUGAUUUCCAUACAGGCGCAGAAGAAUUCUCGAGUGACGAUGACGAUGACGCCGAAACCGAGACGGAAAGUCCCUCGAAGCGUCGUACGCCUAGAAAUAGACCGAGCUUCGCCGGCUUGCAACGCAGCGGGUCCAUGCAUAGUACGGCGUCAACUGAAGAUGACGAAUAUCCAUUCGACCAGACAAGAACACCCACUAUGCUACCACCUCUCCAACAGAGAUUCCCACUUCGUGUGGCACGCGGUGCUUUCCGCCGAUCAAGGCAAGCUAGUGAGGAGCCCGCGUUUCCCAGCAGCCCCCCAAGUAUUGCGAGUAGUACGGGCACACCUCAACAGAUUCAAAGCCUGGCAGCUGAGUUGGGUGAUUUCGAUGGUAGUGACGUGGAAUCAACCCUCUCUGCAACUCCCAGUAGGAGGUCUAUUAGAGGUCGAACCGUGUCGCCUCCGCCGCCCGUUCCACCUCUACCUAGGGUUAUCAUGAUCGAUUCCGCCCAUGCGGAGCAACUGGAAGCCCUCAAGUCCAGCCACGAUGCCGAAAUUGGUAAAUUCAUGUCUGACCUCCAGAAUGAUCACGUGCGAGAAUUAGAGGCUCUCAAAUCAAGCCACGCCGAAGAGAUUGGUAAAGCUCUUGCUGAGCUACGUGUGGCUCACGGACAAGAACUCGAAGAACUCCGAUCAAGCUAUGCCGACCAAUCCUCCAAGGCAGCUGCUGAGGCGCAAGUAGCCCGUGCUCAAGAACUGGAUGAUUUGAAAACUUCCUUCAACGAACAGCUAUCCCAGAAGGAGUUAGAAAGAAAGGAUACUUACGAUGCUGAAUUGGAAGCACUUAAAUCAUCACACGUAGAGCAAAUCUCGAUGAGGGAAUCGGAAAUCAAGGCAACACAUGCUACGGAGUUGGAAAAUCUGAAAGCGAAGCACGGCGACGAAUUAAUCAAUGCGAAGAAGGAUACUUUGGGUGCCGAGCACGAGUCCGCAAAGGCUAAACUCGUAGAAGAACUUAGCCAAUCUCAUUCACGGGAGCUUGAAGACACUCGCCAAACCUUUGAAUCCGAAAGCACGAAAGCGAGGGAGAUCGAGGCUUUGGUAGCGACCCAUGCGAAGGAGCUAGAGACACUAAAGAGCGAGAGUACGGCUGCACACAUACAAGAGUUAGAUGAGCUGAAGGCUGCGCAUAUCGAAGAAUUCGAGAACCAGCGUGUUGCACAUCAAUCCACUCUUAACAGUGCCUUGGAGUCUCUUAAGAACAACCAUACUAGGGAACUCGAAGAGUUUAGCAAGCACCGCGACGUCGCUCAGCAGGAAGCUUUGGACAACCUUCAUGCUAGCCAUGCUCAAGAGUUAGCUCAGUUCAAGAGUGAAGCCGAUGCGGCGCUCGUUAGUGAACUAGAAGCUCUCCAGGCCCACCAUGCGAGCAUUCUUGAGUCUUACGAACAAGACAGUGCCGCAGAGAAAGAGAAGCUCAUAGCUGACCAUGCUGCGGAGCUCGAGGCUCUUAGGAAAUCUUUGGAGGUUUCGACACCUGCUCUUGGUUUCUCUUCGGUGAACUCAACCGGAACCGAGCCAAUUGAACAGUCCGAGCCCAGAACUCCGAAACGGGACGCGUUUAUCAUCCCACGUGAAGACCACCUACCUCAAGCACCUCUAUCCGCCAUUGGAUUCCCUAGACGAAAGGGUGAAAGGUCCUUUACGCCAGAGAUUGCCGAAGACGAAACUCGUCAAUCUCCAAACGUUACCCCUGGACCAGAGACGCCAGAAUCGCAACGCCCAUUUAAGGAGAUUUCGACAAAUACGAAUAUUCGUCCAUCGCAAAAGUCAACACACCACUCUGCCGACCAAAGCUCUCAAACAAUGUUAACUUCGGACGGGCUUGAUCGAAUACUUAAGCAACAAAACCAGACGUCACAGGACUCGGUCACGAUCACCACUUCCCGAGGUGAGGUCACUGUCACGCCCUUCGAUGAAACGCGAGCACGGCAGAAGGCGGGUGAAUCUAGCGCUGUUUCCGCGGCUGAGCCGAUACCUCCACGACGACCCGGUAGCUCAGCCAGUGCCAGAAGCAAUAGACCUCCUUUGCCUCCCAACCACCGAGAAGUUAUCGAAGCUGCGCGCAUAGACUCGUCUAGCGGCGGAAAGGGAACAAUGGGACCUCCAUCACUCCCGGCGUCGGCUUUUAAACCCCCAAUCUCAAGACCGGAAACUCCAAACAACAGACGGCCGAUAUCGCCAGUGUCAGUUAGAGGCACACCGACUCCUCGAGCCGACAGGACAUCGAUGCCCGGUUAUGCUCAUGUGCACUCGCCUUCAAGAAUCCCCCUUCGCAGCAGACAAUCUUCCGUGUCGUCCUUCGUUUCGGAAAUUGAUACGAGGUUCAACAUCCGUGGCGGAAUGGGAAUGGAUGCUUCAGCCUUCGGUCCCAACACUGAUCCUCGCAUGAUUCAGGCCAUUACGCAGACCAUGAUCGGUGAGUAUCUGUGGAAAUACACACGCAAGACCGGCCGCGGAGAAAUGUCCGAGAACAGGCAUAGGCGAUACUUCUGGGUGCACCCUUACACGAGAACGUUAUACUGGAGUGAUCGUGACCCAUCUGCCGGUGGGAAAUCCGAGAUGAAGACCAAGAGCAUUCCAAUCGAAGCGGUUCGCAUUGUCGCCGAUGACAACCCUAUGCCUCCUGGGCUUCACCGAAAGAGUCUUGUCAUUGUUUCCCCAGGCCGAACCGUCAAGUUCACUUGCACUACUGGACAGAGGCAUGAGACUUGGUUCAAUGCGCUUUCAUACCUCUUGCUUCGAACGGGCGAUGAGACCCAAAAUGAUACUGAAGAAGUGGCCGGUCAAAUUACCCAAGAGGACAUCGACGAGUUCAAUCCUUCAAUUAGCCGACGGCCAGUGAACGGUAACCGCUCGCGAGCACCACCAUCCUUAUCCUCUUACAACUCCCGAACGACGCGCAACGAUUCGCCCAAUGUGGAAAUAUCUAUGAGCAUCCCAACAUUGACACCGACUCGUGAAAGGGAAGCUACUCGUAGCGGUACUCUAGGUAGAAUAAGUGGUUACUGGAAAUCGAGCACGAUCAACAGUACAUUCAGCAGCUUGAGGAGCAGGACCCAUAUUCCUCAAGACAGCGCCAUUUACGAAGCUAGUGAAGUGCCCGAUAGUGCUGAGGACUUAAGACAAAUAAUCGAACAACAAGAUCGGGCGGCUGACAGGCUCGAGAACGUUAGAGCCUGUUGUGAUGGAAAACACGAUGUUGGGACUUUACCCCAUACUAAACGUGGUCGUAUCCCUAAUAUGCACUCGCAUUCUCACUCGCACACACAUCCUGGACAAUCGACCACGCCUACACCUGGAAGUACCACACGGACUCGCGCAUGA